AUGCCGCCUCGCAAACGGCCGCAGCCCUCCGCGGCUAGCCAGGCCCGAUCGGCACGCCCCUCAGAGACUGUGGACCUCUCAGCGACUGAGCCCUCCAAGCGAAAACGCCCCUCACAAUCCAAACAAGUUCCUGAGCUAACGCGACCGACCGAGCCCAAACCCUCCGAGGGCUCGGAAUCUCCGCAAUACCAGCACCGCGACCCUUUCGAUGCGCUGUUGGAACCGUUCUACUACAACAAAUCGCUCACCGAUCCUAUCGACACUGUCAAGGAUAAAUGGAACCUCCUGCCGGCCUUUCUAAAAGUUAAAGGUCUGGUGAAGCAGCACAUUGACUCAUACAACUACUUUGUCGAGGUGCAAUUGAAAAAGAUCGUGGAGUCCAGCUCGACCAUUCGCAGCGAUGUGGAUCACCAUUUUUAUAUCAAGUUUACCGACAUCUACGUCGGCUCUCCUCGACGCUCAGAUGAGAACCAGGAUGCCGAACUCGAGUCCGAGUCGACUGUGACCCCGCAAGAAUGUCGGCUGCGAGACACGACCUAUGCGGCGCCGAUUCUGGUCGAUUUUGAAUACGUCCGUGGUCGCCAAAGGGUUAGCCGACUAGGAGUUCUCAUUGGCAGAAUGCCGGUCAUGCUUCGCAGCUCCAAGUGUGUGCUGGCGAACAAAUCGCCCUCGCAAAUGAGCGUCCUCAAUGAAUGCCCUCUGGACCCGGGUGGUUACUUCAUUGUCAACGGAACGGAAAAGGUCAUUCUGGUCCAAGAGCAGCUGAGCAAGAACAGAAUUAUCGUGGAGACAGACCCGAAGAAGGAGAUUGUGCAGGCUUCGGUGACGAGUUCUUCCAAUGAGCGAAAGUCGAAGAGUUACAUUAUCCUGAAGAAGGACAGACUUUACGUGAAACACAACGUGCUCAGCGAAGAUAUCCCUAUCGUCGUGUUGCUGAAGGCCAUGGGGAUCACUACCGACAAAGAGAUGAUGCUGCUGGUCACUGGAACUGAUGCGCUCUACCAAGAUGACUUUGCCAUCAACUUUGAGGAGGCCAUCAAUGUUGGCGUUUUCACCCAGCAGCAAGCCCUGGAGUGGAUUGGAUCUCGGAUCAAGAUCAACCGCAAGCAAUCGACCUACCGCCGGACCCACGUUCAAGAGGCCGUCGAAGCGAUUGCGUCCGUGAUCAUUUCUCAUAUCGAAGUCAAGGACAUGAACUUCCGACCAAAAGCCAUCUACGUCGCCCACAUGGCCCGUCGUGUGUUGAUGGCCAAGAACGAUGCAACGAUGGUAGAUGACCGCGACUACCUUGGAAAUAAACGGCUGGAGCUGGCAGGCCAGCUCUUGGCUUUGCUUUUCGAGGAUCUGUUCAAGAAAUUCUGCUAUGACAUCAAGCUGAACAUCGACAAAGUCUUGAACAAGCGCAAUCGGGCAGAGCAGUUCGAUGCAUGGAGUGUCAUGAGUAUGCAUGGCAACCAUAUCACUCAAGGCAUGAAUAGGGCCAUUUCCACAGGAAAUUGGAGCCUGAAGCGUUUCCGUAUGGAGCGUGCUGGUGUGACCCAUGUUCUCAGCCGACUGAGCUACAUCGCUGCUCUCGGUAUGAUGACCCGUAUCAGCAGUCAGUUUGAGAAAACCCGCAAAGUCAGCGGUCCUCGUGCCUUGCAACCAUCCCAAUUUGGCAUGCUUUGCCCGGCAGAUACCCCAGAAGGAGAGGCGUGUGGUUUGGUCAAAAAUUUGGCACUCAUGACCCAUAUCACGACCAAUGACGAGGAAGGCCCAGUGCGGAACUUGAUUUUCAUGCUGGGUGCUGAAGACAUCUCGACUGUCAGCGGCAAGCAGCUCUACGCACCAGGCUGUUACACAAUCUCCAUCAACGGAACGCCGACUGCUCUGACUCGACGCCCGAAGCACUUCCUGAACUCUUUCCGCAGGUUGCGUCGUAUGGGCCGCAUCUCGGAGUUCGUGAGCAUUUACAUUAACCACCACCAGCGUGCUGUUCAUAUCGCGACCGACGAUGGGCGAAUCUGCAGACCGCUCAUUGUUGUCGAGGAUGGGAAGUCCCGUGUCAAAAACCAUCAUCUGAGCAAGCUGCGAGAAGGGAAGAUGUCUUUUGAUGAUUUCCUGGCCCAGGGGCUGGUGGAGUACCUGGAUGUGAAUGAGGAGAAUGACUCCUAUAUAUCCAUCUACGAGAAAGAGAUCAACGACGCUACGACCCAUCUCGAGAUCGAGCCGUUCACCGCGCUUGGAGCCGUCGCCGGCCUCAUUCCUUAUCCUCACCACAACCAGUCUCCUCGUAAUACCUACCAGUGUGCCAUGGGUAAACAAGCCAUUGGUGCCAUCGCCUCGAAUCAGCUCCAGCGCAUCGACUCUAUCCUCUACCUCAUGGUUUACCCACAGAAACCGAUGGUCAAAUCACGAACCAUUGAGCUGGUGAAAUACGAUCAACUCCCCGCAGGUCAGAAUGCGACUGUGGCCGUGAUGAGUUACUCAGGCUACGAUAUUGAGGAUGCUUUGGUGCUGAACAAGGGCUCUGUGGACCGUGGGUUUGGACGGUGCCAGGUCUUCCGCAAAUAUGUCACCAACUUGAAGAGUUACUCCAACUUAACCAAGGACCGACUGAACGGACCAGAGUAUGAGAACGAUGCACCGAUCCGCAAACACGCGCUCCUUGAGAAUGACGGUCUGGCCGCGGUCGGCGAGCAAGUCAACGCCGGCGAGGUCUACAUCAACAAAGUCAUGCCUGAACAAUCGCAUACAAUGGGCCUCGGAGGCUCCGAUACUGGCAGACCCCCAGUCUACCACCCAGCUCCCAUGACCUAUAAGCUCCCCGACCCGGCAUACAUCGACAAGGUUAUGGUCUCUGUCAGCGAGAGCGAGACGCAAAUUAUCAAGGUGUUGACCAGACAGACCCGCCGCCCCGAGGUUGGUGACAAGUUCUCGUCGCGUCAUGGACAAAAAGGUGUUGUUGGCAUCAUCGCCGACCAAGCCGACAUGCCCUUCACCGACCAAGGAAUCAACCCGGAUAUCAUCAUGAACCCGCAUGGUUUCCCAUCCCGUAUGACAGUCGGUAAGAUGCUGGAGCUGGUCGCCGGUAAAGCCGGCGUGCUCUCGGGCCAGCACGGCUAUGGUACAUGUUUCGGCGGCAGCCCCGUCGAAGAAAUGUCGCAGAUCCUGAUCGACCGCGGCUUCAGCUACGGUGGCAAAGACUACCUCACCUCGGGCAUCACGGGCGAGCCGCUUCCGUUCUAUGUCUUCACCGGCCCCAUCUACUACCAGAAGCUCAAGCACAUGGUCCAGGACAAGAUGCACUCGCGCUCGCGUGGCCCGAAGGCCAUCCUAACCCGACAGCCUACCGAGGGUCGUUCGCGUGAUGGAGGUCUCCGUCUCGGUGAGAUGGAACGUGACUGUUUGAUCGCUUACGGCACCAGCCAGCUGCUGCUCGAGCGUCUGAUGAUCUCGUCCGAUCGCCACGAGGUCGAUAUUUGUGAGACCUGCGGCUUUAUGGGGUAUUUGAACUGGUGUCCUCGGUGCAAGUCGUCUCGCUCGGUUUCUAAGAUGGUUAUUCCAUAUGCGGCCAAGCUGCUCAUCCAGGAGCUGAUGAGUAUGAAUGUCACUGCUCGCCUGAAGAUUGACGACGAGUUCCCGGAGAUGAAGGGACGAUAA